AUGGAGGACCCCGAGAAGAAAGUGAAUCAGAAGAGUGAUGGCAAACCCCGGAAAGUACGAUUUAAAAUCUCCUCCUCCUACAGCGGUCGAGUACUGAAGCAGGUCUUUGAGGAUGGGCAGGAAUUAGAGUCACCAAAGGAGGAAUAUCCUCACAGUUUUCUGCAAGAGUCUCUUGAACCAAUGGAUGGUGUUUAUGGGUCUGGGGAAGCCCCCAGGCCCCAGCUGUACUCCCCUAAGCUGACUGCUCAGAGGAUCAGUGUGUUUAGAGAGGGUAAUGCCUACACCUUGGCAGGCGGCCAGCCUCUGUUCAACGAUUACAAGGCGAAUGACCAUAAGCCCCUACCUAUUAUAGAUUUUGGAAAGAUAAUCAUCUACACUAAUAACCUGAAAAUCAUUCGAACCCCAAUGGACAAGAGAGACUUUGUGAGGAAAAUUCUCCAGAAGGAAGAAGAGGCUGAGGAAGCAUCUCUGAUGAACAAAGAAGAAAGCUAUGGAGGCAGGGACCAGCAAGAUAGACCUUUGGUGGAGGCAGAAAGCACAUUCCCCCAUAACCGGUAUACUCAGGAAGGGGAUAUUCCCGAGGACAGCUGUUUUCACUGCCGAGGGUCGGGCAGUGCCACCUGCUCUCUGUGCCAUGGCAGCAAGUUCUCCAUGCUGGCCAACAGAUUUAAGGAGUCCUAUCGGGCCCUGAGGUGCCCUGCCUGCAAUGAGAAUGGCCUACAGCCUUGCCAGAUUUGCAAUCAAUAGCCCGUGGCUUUUGCAUGUCCACUGUUAUCUUACCCUCCCUGAAGUUCUUUCUAAUAAACCGCCCCCUUCUCCUCCUGCCUCCCCCAACAAGGAGGCCGCAGUGGCUGCAGUCACUCCCACUGCUGGCAAAACUCAAUUAUCUGGUGACAUUUUGUGAGGCUGGUAACAUCUCGGUGUGGGUCUAAGUGGCAGGGGCAUUUUCGAAUUAGAGUCUGCUUUGAAACUGGUUCUAAAAUUACCCUUCCAGGAUGGUGUGAGUGUAUCUCACUUGACUUAGCUCAGUUUUCUCCUUGCUUCAGUGAACAAAUACAUGUACACUUCAGGCAUCAGGUUGGGAGUUAUUUUGCAAAAUUAUGUGGUGAGAAAAGAAUAAAAAAGGCAGGUUUCUGAUAAACUGAAUUCUUGUUGCUUAUAAUGCAUCUCAAAUGAUUAUUGGUCAAAUUGAAUUUCUGAUUAAGCAGAAGAGGAAAGAGACAGCCAAUGCUGAACGCACUAACAGGCCACAGCAAGCAAAAUGGGAUGUUCAUUCUGGAGACAGGCAAGCCAAAAAGCCUUCCCUUUCAAAGUCCUGAACCUCUUCCAUGCUGUGUGCUUAGAUAAUAUUUAUGCAGACAGUAAGCAAUACUAUUUCUUAAGUCAACAGGAGAUAAGACAUUUUUGCGUGCCUCUAACUACUGAGGUUAUAAGCCAAGUCAAAGCUAUUUAUGAUAAAUUUGGUGCUCAAAUAUGUGUGUAUGAUAUAACUUUUUUCCAGCCCCUGAAUUACUACCAAAUAAAUAAAUCCACUUUAAGUCUAGAACCUAGCCAUGAUCUCUUCAUAAAGAACUGCAGAUAUUUUAUAGAUUACCUACUGGAAACCUCUAAAAGAAAAAAAUUAACCAAGGCUGAUUUUUAGCAGUAAUGUUUCUACUAUCCAUGAAUAUGCAUAGUAAGGAUGAUUCUUUCCUCUUGAGGUUGGUUAUAAAAUUAGAACAUACUUUUGUUAAUGAACUUUUGUAGCUCUAAUACCCACUCCCCAAGCCCUUAAGAAUAACACUGCAAAAUUUAUCUCUUGAGACCUGCUGCGUUCUGUGAUAAUAAUUUUGAUUUCAUAACUUAAUAAUUUCUCAAGAUUUGUUUGUUAUUCUCUAAUAUUCAGCAUUUAAU